AACCUAUUCAUUUGGGGGGGGGGGUAAAGGUGUUACAUGUUGAGAACCCAGGACAUUUAUACACAUUGCAUUUGUGAGAUUCAUUCAUGUAUGGCACACUUUGGUUGUACAUUCACAGACAGUGAUAGGUAUGCAGACAGUUGGUUUAUUCUGCUGCUCUAUCACAGCCGCCAGUAACGUAUUUGAAUUAUUAAGACACGGGUAUAACUCUUAUACUUCUGCAUGUGUGGGUUAACUGUCAGUGUUCUGUAUGUUAAUCUUUUGGCAUUAUAGGUUUAACCUAUCAUGAUUCCAUUCCAUUAUUUUUAUUGUCGUAACUUGUGUGUACAAUGCGACAUUGCAACAUUAUUACCAGUAGUGACAUUCUUUGCACUCGGCGUCUUCUCAACUUUACAGUUGCUGCAUUGUUGUAAAGGAAAUAGCGAUAAAAUCCAAAUAUGAAAAUGUAGGAUAAAGUAAACUGUAGAAUAAAAUUAAAUAGUAAUAAGCCACUGCAAACUCUUGUGCAGCUAAUGCAAAAAAUAACUAAAAUAGUGCAAACUUUUAUUAAUGAAAAAGUUGAUCGUGAUAAUUGUGUGACACUUGAAGAAACCAGUAUUUAUGACUUUAAACUUCUACAUGAACUUCAAACAUCUGAAGUAAAACAUUCACAGCGAUGACGUGUUUUUGUGCACGGUGCAUACAUGCAUGGUGAUAACUGCUGUUAUUGCAUUAAUGCCCCAGCCUUCAGUUCAGUAGCCUAGAGUCAAUGCCCAGACACUGCUUUCUUUGCAUCGAUUUAAAUGAAUCAUUCAACUCAAAAUAGUGAUUAAAAGAGGGCGAAUGAGGACAAGGCCAGGGCACCAAAGGAAUUUACACAAAUCAUAUAAGUGGUUGAAUAUUUAGUUCCUGGAGAUUUACCCCUUUUGCACGCUGUGCUUUCCCUUUUCACAUGUUGUUAAAUAAGUCAUCGAUAUUGUCUGCUCUCCCACUGCACUACUGGGCCGGAUAUGUUGUCACACUGUCGACUCAUAACUCACUAGAUAAACUUUGUUUACUUGUCAGUGUGGGGGAUUUUCUCAAGAGGGUUUACUGCCUGAACAUGAAUUAUACUACCCAUAACUUUAGAAGAGGUUCUUGCUUUAUGGAUGCCCCCCCCCAUCUUGUGUCGCCAUGUUUCUACAGGAGCCUGAAUGGACUCACCAGCCACAGCACCCAUGUUGCGUGAAGGAGCGCAGAUGCCACAGAGGCCUUUAAGAGCAGCAUAUAGCGAAUAAAAUGAUGGCCCGGAUUUGUUUUCCACUCAGCGAUCAACGUCUGAAAAGUUUGGAAAUAAGUACGUGAAACACUUUUCACGUUUUUCUCCUGGGAUUCAAACAUUAGCACGGUUUCAGUCACGUGGUGCCUGAGGAAGGAGCGCACCAUGAUCUCCACAGCCCUCCGCUGGGUCUUCCUAUUGUCAUUUAUCAUUCUGACCAUCGGUGGGAACGUACUUGUGUUUCUGGCCGUGGGACUCAGCCGUCGACUGUGGCGCAUUGCUAAUUGCUUCGUGGUGUCACUGGCAGCGACUGAUCUCCUGCUCGGCCUGCUGGUGCUGCCCUUCACCGCCACUGUGGAGCUGCGUGGUGGCAAAUGGUCCCUGGGAGGAGCCCUGUGUAACAUCUACCUCUCAGUGGAUGUCAUGCUGUGUUCAUCCUCUAUCUUGACCCUGAUGGCAAUCAGUGUGGACCGAUACUUGGCCAUUUCGGCUCCUCUUAGCUACUCACGGAGAGUCACCCCACUCAGUGUGACUCUGGCCCUAAUCGCCAUCUGGACCAUGUCCCUUACUAUGUCCUUUGUACCCAUCCACCUUGGGUGGAACACUGUGGACUACAGGGUGCAGCACUCUGACUGGGGCUUGGGGGAUGAGGACAAAAAGGGGCACUACUGCCAGUUUGAAUGGAACAAUAACUACGUUCUUAUUUAUACCUCUGUCGCAUUUUACCUGCCUCUGCUUCUCAUGAUUGGAAUGUAUCUUUGCAUAUUCAGAGUGGCACAAGAACAGGUGCGGCGUAUUCGUGCUGCCACGCCAUCGUUUCCACGUAUGGCAUCAACUGUUGCCACAGUCCGUGAGCAUAAGGCCACAGUGACCCUUGCAGCUAUUCUGGGGGUGUUUGUCAUCUGCUGGUUCCCUUACUUCACUUACAUCACCUGCGUAAGCAUAAAGGAAAAGACCAAUCCUCCCAAUACACUACACUCAGUGGUUCUUUGGCUGGGCUACUUUAAUUCCGCCUUGAACCCAAUAUUGUAUCCAGCCUUAAACAGGGACUUUCGCAGGGCCUAUGUAGACCUGCUUCGCUCUACAGGACAGUUUUGCAGGAAACUACCAUUUACUCGUGCAUCUGUACACCACAGAUUGACCUGCGUGAGCGGACAGAAGGUGUCUCAGCAGUUAGAGAAACACGAAGAUAAGAAAGAACCUGAAAUGGGGAAUGGUCUCGUGUGUCAUGAGCCCAACGCUGUACCUGAUGAGCCCAGGUGAAACACUGUGCUUGUGCUGGACUGUACACCUGCUGCACUGUAAUUCCAAACUCGCUCCACUACCAGAUUAAACAUUCACGGUAUCAGUUAGCUGUUUCUUGUUUAGUGCCACACACAGCAAGCUCAUGUCAAACCCAAAGCACUGCAUUGUGAAUGUAAUAUUUUUUAUUAGCGUAUUGAGAGAUCCAGCUGAAUAAAAGCCUCAUGUGUGUCAAUGA